AUGGUCACGCGAUCCUCACGUCACGGAUCAGGAGUGAACCUGGUCCAUCUGCCGUCGAGCGGCCAGGCCGAGAGUGAGCGGGACGGCUCAGUUGUUGAGACCAUGUCCCGCACAGUCAAAAUGGAGGCAUCUUCACAGGCACUGUCGCAACCCGACAAUCAAAGCCGUUCCACCACCGCCAUCCCCGAUAACAUUGCGCUCGAGAAUUUGGGCCGUGGAGUGAAAGAGCUCGUCCAGGCCAUCAAUAAGAUCGAGCAACUGGGAAUCACCAAGGUCGCCGGUGACACACCCAAGAUCGUCGUCAUUGGAGACCAGUCGACUGGGAAGAGCUCAGUCAUCAACGCCAUCUCCGGAAUUCAGGUCCCUCGCAGCAGUGGAACGUGCACGCGCUGUCCCAUGCAGAUAACCCUGACUGAAAACAAAGAGGUGAAUGCCCGUUGGCGCUGCGAUGUGUCCCUCCGACGCGAGUUCUUUUACGAAGCCAGUCACAUCACCUACCCACCCUCAGAGAAACCGCCGCCGUUCUUUCCCUGGCAAGAGAAUGACCCUCCGGAGACCAUGCAUUUCAAGACGGUCUUCAAUAAGAAGGACUUGCAGCGAGUCAUCAAGCAAGCUCAACUGGCCACCCUCAACCCAGGCUCCGACCCUAUGACAUUCGUACCAUUGCAACCUUCGACCGACAUUGGUGGCGGCCAGUAUCAAGUCGAGUUCUCACCCAACUUGGUGUGCUUGGAUAUCUCCGCCCCCGGCCUUCCCAACCUAUCCUUCUACGAUCUCCCUGGAGUCAUCUCCCAGACGGAAAACUUGGGAGACCUCUCGCUCAUCAAGCUCGUCAAGCAGCUGGUGAAGCGCUACGUCUCAAAGGAUAAUGCUCUGGUUCUGUUGGCAUGCUCAAUGGAAAACGAUAUCCAGAACUCCAGUAGUGCUGGACUCCUACGCAAAUACGGUGCUAUCGACAGGUGCCUGGGCAUUUUGACAAAACCUGACCGUCUGCCGCGUGGAGACCCAGUUGACCGUUGGGAGGGAAUACUGCAAGGCAAUGCAUUCCAGCUUGGCCACGGCUAUCACGUGGUGCGUAACCCGUCCCAGGCCGAGCUCGACAGGGGUAUAGACCACGCCGCCGCACGCAACCAGGAGACGGAGUGGUUUUCGAAGAUGAAGCCGUGGUGUGACCGCUUCAUGCCAUUCAACGACCGCUUCGGCACCGAGAGACUUCAAGACAAGCUAUCUCAAAUGUUGGCCAUACAAAUUCUCAAGAGUCUCCCGACCAUUCACGAACGCGUUCAGGAGCAACUUUCCAAGAUCGAUGACGAAUUGGCACAUCUCCCCGAGCCACCGACUACAGAUGCUCUCCGCAUCGUUUCUGAGAUAGUCAAUAACUUCACAGAUAAGAUAUCGAAGCAGAUGGAGGGCGACUAUCCGGACAACCAGUUCCGCCUAGUUUGGAAAAGCUUGCGGAACCAGUUUCGCAGUCGCAUAACCGCUCAAAGGCCGACGAUGCUCGUAAGAACAGCUGCCGACGUCCGAGAUGCCCAACGAAGGUCAAAUUCCAUGAUGCCGCAAACCCAGAGCCAGACAUCGUCAUUCUCGAGGCCGAAGGACAUUAUAUCGAUCGAUGAUUCCGACAAUGAGCGUGCCCCCAGCGUGCAGCCUACCCCAACAAAGAAAAGAAAGGUCGCUCCGUCAGACAGCACACCCUCACGCCGCGGACCACCCGGCGGCGACGAGCACACCAAGAGAUUCGACCUCGAGUACAUCCACAAAACACUCGAUGAAAAAUCCUCCUCGGACAUUCCGGGCGAAAUCGAUCCCAAAGCCCUCAAUUAUUUGAGACUGAAGACUCUGGAAGGCUGGGAACAUCCCACCAAGGACUUUCUGGACGGUUUACACACAGCCCUUCGCACAACUCUCAACAAAGGACUAGAUGAUACGCUGAGGGCAUGGAAAACGACGGAGCUCUCCAGAGAGACAGCUCGGCUGUCAGAAAAUUUCCUUGAAGUCGCGUUCAGUGAGCAGCGCGACCACGCUGUUCCCCGAGCUCUAAGGCUCGAACGUCAUAAGCCUGUCACGGAGAAUGCCGCAGCGCUCGAGUACAAUGAGAAGCAGGAACUCGAGAUUUUCUUGCAAGCUAGGAUCAAAGCCCGCACCAACAUCCACUUUGAUGAAUACGAUGCCUCCACGGGCAAACAAACGUCGAAGACAGAGAGACUAAAGAAGGCUAAGGACAGGGACUUUCAACAUCAGCUUGGUCCUGACCCGUUCACGAGAGAGGUCGAGGCCAUGGCCAAAGUGCGCGGCUACUACAAUAUCGCAUCAAUGCGCUAUGUUGACGCCGUUGUGAUGGGACUCCAAGCCGAGCUAUUCGAAAAGCUCAGGGGGGGCUUAAGGGAUGAGCUCGUUACUGUUCUCGAGAUCUUCGGCGAGAACAACCAAGACACUUGCGCCCGGCUCCUCGCAGAGGACCCUGCCCGGGAGGUGCGCCGCCGCAGUUUGAGGGCGGACCGGGAGAAGCUGGUCGCAGCCCUCGACUGUCUGCAGGAGUUGGACCAGAAGUAUCGGCAAGGCGUUCCAACAUCUGGAUCUUCUUCAAAUGGCACCAACGGUUCCGGCUCUUCCGUCUCCGGCCCUUCACGUGCCUCUGUCCAGGAUAUCGACCUCGAGAUGGACGAAGCCUAA